AUGUCCGCCGCGCCAACCAUACAACCCAAGUUUCUGCCCUCCCGCCAAGAUGUCGGUGUGGUUGCAGUCGGUUUCAGUGGUGGCCAGCCAAAAGCAGGUGUCGACGCGGCGCCCAUGGCCCUUAUUGAAGCUGGUCUGAUCAAGGAGCUCGAAGAAGAUUUGGACCUCAAGGUCACUUUCGAUGGACAAGUGCACAACUACGCAGAGUUGCUGCCGGCAGAAGACCCGGACUACCGCGGCAUGAAGCGACCCAAGUUUGUCAGCGCAGUCACCAAGGAAGUCAGCGAGCAAGUAUACAACUACGCAAAGACUGGCAAGCUCGUCCUCACACUCGGCGGCGAUCAUUCCAUCGCCAUGGGAACUGUAUCUGGCACAGCACGCGCUAUGCGGGAGAGGCUGGGGCGAGAGAUUGCAGUCAUCUGGGUCGACGCUCACGCCGACAUCAACACCCCUGAGACGUCGGAUAGCGGCAACAUCCACGGCAUGCCCGUUGCUUUCCUCACUGGUCUUGCUACAGAGACACGCGAAGAUGUGUUCGGAUGGCUGAAAGCACACCACAUGCUCAGCACCAAGAAGCUUGUCUACAUCGGCCUCCGUGACAUCGACCGCGGCGAGAAGAAGAUCCUGAGGGAACACGGCAUUAAGGCUUUCUCGAUGCACGAUGUUGACAGGCACGGCAUUGGCAAGGUCAUGGACAUGGCCCUGGCCUGGAUUGGCAGCGACACACCCAUCCACCUGUCGUUCGACAUCGAUGCGCUCGACCCCAUGUGGGCGCCCAGCACCGGCACAGCUGUUCGUGGUGGCUUGACGCUGCGCGAGGGUGACUUUAUCGCAGAGUGCGUCGCAGAGACUGGUUCAUUGAUUGCGCUCGAUCUCGUCGAGGUCAACCCCAGCCUUGACGAGGUAGGCGCGAAUGAUACAAUCCGUGCCGGCAACUCCAUCGUUCGUUGCGCCCUUGGAGAUACCCUUUUGUAG